UCCUGCAGUUGCUCCUCCAAACCAGCAGGAGACACCACUGUGAGCUACAGCAGCAACCAGCCCGCUGUGUUCGUUCAAAGAUGUCUGCGCCCUGAAGGAUGCUGCAGACGGCGUGAAGGUUUCAGGACAAGCGACAGUGGAUGCGGUAAACUUGCAGGCAGAUUUAAAGGGUUUUCCAGACAGACCAAGAUGUCAAAGAUCUCCAAAGCAGCAACGGCGGUGAAGAAACUGGAUACAAGCGGUGUGAUCCGGGCUAUAUUGAGGUCAGGACAAGCAGCCCCUGGACCGCCACUGGGCCCCGUCCUGGGACAGAAAGGAAUCCCCAUUGGGCAGUUCUGCAAGGACUUCAACGAGAAAACCAAAGAGCUGAAGGAGGGCAUCCCUCUCCCCAUCAAGAUCCAUGUGAAGCCUGACAGAACGUAUGAUCUGAAGAUCGGACAGCCCACCGUGUCUUACUUCCUCAAACAAGCAGCGGGCAUCGAAAAGGGGGCUGGAAAGACAGGCCACGAAGUAGCUGGGAUGGUGUCGGUGAGAGCCGUGUAUGAGAUCGCUCGGGUGAAAUCUCAAGACGAAUGCUUCAAGAUAAGGAACAUGUCAAUGGAGAACGUCGUCAAAUGCAUCAUCGGCUCGGCCCAGUCGCUGGGCAUCAGAGUCGUCAACGAUUUAUCAUCUGAAGAGUACAAAGUCUUCCUGGAGCAGCGAGAGGAGCAGCUGAAGGCAGACGCUGCAGCAGCUGAAGCUGCCGCUGAUGGCAAAGCUCCAUCGGGAAAAAAGAGAUGAAAACCUGCAGCUCUGAUUUUGCUUCUUUUUAUUUUGACUCCACCGUUAUGCAAAACCUCUGUAAACGCUGUGUUUGUUAAUAAACAGUCACCUGUUGUGUGA